AUGCGGAUGUGGCAUGUAUCAUUUAUCAAUUUAUCUUUGUUUGUUUUUGCGGUCGAUUGUGCAAUACCGUUUUUGAAUGCUUAUUUGGAUGAAAGAAGUCAGAAGUCAUUACACACAGUUCUGAUCAGUGCUCUUGAUAGCAACGAGUUAUCUGCUAUACAUCGUGGUGCAGCUGGUUUGAAACUUGCGGACAUCCCAAUUGAAGCUAGCAAGAAUAAAGCUCUCUGUAGUAGAGUUCAAAAAGUAAAUGGUGAAGAAUUGGGACAACUAUAUCAUGCAGUUAGUGCUGCGGUUGCUCUGAAAGAUUGUUCUCUAUCCAUACCAAAUGCUAAGGGAACUGUCGAAGCAGUGUUAAAACAAGAUUCUCCAACUUCUCAGAACAUAUUUUUGGCACUUUCUAUUGCGGAUAAAUUGAAAUUGAAAGUGAACUAUAAAGAUUUUGCCGAAGCUUUAACUGCUGCACUGGUAAAGGAUGAUGGUGCUUCUAGUCUUUCAUAUGGAUUGAAUGCGGCAGCUCUACUGGAUAACACUAACGCUGGAAAGUUCUUCAUACGAGUCGAGGAUCUGGUGGGUCAGGCGGAAGAAGUGGAUGGCAAAUAUCUUCAUUUGGAAGGUGGCUUAUCAAUCACUGCUUUUGGCGUUUAUGGAAUUUAUAAUCUAGCUGAUAAACUAGACAAGUCACCAAGUGUAAAAAGCGACGAAGCAGUGAAAUUAGUAAAUUACUUGCUUAGUCGUAGGAAUGUACAGUCGGAUCGCGGUGCGUAUCUCCUAUUGUUGACAUUGAAGAAGCUUGCGAAUAACCAUUUCCAAAUUCCAGCUGUCUUUUCUUUGGCAUCAAGCGCAUUCUUAUUGGAUACGGACAAACCUUUGGUAAUUCGUGUUUCGAAUGUGUUGGGCGAAUCGGUUGGACCAUUAUCAGUCAUUUUGGAUACAGUGACACAUUUAAUUUCCAAAGAAAUUGUAGUUGUACGACAACAGUUAAAAGCAGUUGUAUCUGAUAAAACCAACACGUUAUAUGAAGUAUAUGUUAAAAAUGUCAAACAACGUGGAUUUUAUAAUCUUGCCCUAAGCGCUGGAAGUCAGGACAAACGUUUGGUUGGAACAAAUGGUGUAUCACUCAUGAUGAGAGUUCUUGUAAAAGUGCAUAUCGAAGAUGUCACAGUGGCUGUGUUCGACCGGGAACUUCUGAAGCCGUCAUCAGUCAUCUCAGUUAGGGAAAGUUCAAAGAUCGGAAAAUUUUUGGAAACCGAUCUACACAACAAGAUGGAGAUCAGAUUCAAAGUUAAAGAAGCAAAAACCGGGGAAACAAUAUUGGUUCAUCAGGCAUUCGUAGCAUUUGUUCAUAGUAAUACCCGUCAAGAAAUUAUUUUUGUUGCCACACCGGAUCACAACAACAAUUACGUAUUUGACGUGGAUUUCGAGAAAGUUGCAAAAGACUUUGAAGGUUUAUCAGGCCGAUAUGCAGUUCGAUUGGUAGUGGGUGAUUCAGCAAUAUCGCAUCCUUUAGACUGGAACUUAAUGGAUAUUAACUUGAAGCUUCCUGCAGUAGUUGCUUCAAAAAUAAAAAAAUCCGAACGCGUUGUCUACGAGAAAGCACCGGAAAUCAGUCAUUUGUUUCGGGAGCCGGAAAAACGGCCGCCACGAAUUGUUUCAACUAUUUUUGUUUUUCUGUCUGCAUUUCCAUUGCUCAUUGUCCUUAUUUUGUGGUUACUCAUUGGAAUCAAUUUUGGAAACUUGCCAGCAUCUCCCUUUAUUUUGCUUUUUCAUGGUGGUUUAAUAGGAAUAUUCGGAUUAUAUUUUAUUUUCUGGCUGCAGUUAACUAUGUUUGAAACACUGAAAUAUUUAUCGGUGAUUGGUACCAUAACAUUUAUUUCGGGAAACCGUUUGUUGAGAAUACUUGCAGCAAGACGAAAAGAAAAAACCAAUUAA